AUAGCUGUUUGUCUCUGAGAACAAUUUUCAGCCUCAGUGUUCCUGUUUAUUUGUCUAAUUUGCUUAGAGGAGAGAAGGGGUGGCAGAGGAGAGGAGGAAGGGAGGAGGACAGACAGACAGUGAGGCGGGGGGAUACUGGAGGACGAGGAGAGCUGCCAACGGAACAGCAGUCCAAUCCACGCGCAGCCGGGACUCCUUCUGGCGCCAGGCGCGCGGUUCGGAGAGGCAGGCGCGUGAUGAGCCGGAGCUGUGCGACUCGUGGAGACCUUGCUGGGACACCAACACCUCCUCCGCCUACCUCCCCACCUCCACCAGGCUCAUCAACAAGUGUGACCGCUUCAGGAGAGGAUAGACACCCAGACACGUUUGGAGAUGCGAAGCGUUUCUCCCGGAGAUGUAACUUCGUUGCGCGCCGCUGAGGAACUUUACGCUGCGCUUAUUUGUCCCUUCACGGAGAUGUGGACGCGCUGAAGUUUUUUCUUUAAAGAAAAUGUCCAUUUUGCCUUUCUUUUUAGAGACCUUUACGCUUCUUCAGACCAUCAUGCAGACGUGAAAACUCCUGCCUCCCCGUCACCUCCCUUUCCGCUGAGACUGAGUAUAAAAAGUGUCUUUCAGGAUCAAACUCUUUCCCGUGCACUACAUGCCAUAUUGAUUCCGGUGUUGGGCUUGGUCUGCUCCUAGCUCUCUGAGGCUUUCACCGUCCUCACAAUAAACCUGAAAUUACAGGUCGAAGCUGGAAUAUGUUCAACGAGCAGCUCAAAUUUUUGGAUGAGCUCCUUUGAAAUGUGUUUCAAAAGAUUAUAUAAAACUCUUUCAAAUCUAAUUUAAAUGAUUAUCUUGAGACAAGCCCACAUGUUUCUGUGAAUAAACUGAUCAUUUUUAGCACUAAUGCAGCAGUGAUCAUUCCCAGUUAAUGCCCAGAAACAGGUGGAACUAUGGUUGCCUUUGCCUGACAGGACUUGUGGGAGGUCACUGCUGAAUAUGCAGGACGUGGCAGGGCCUGCUAUGCCCAGGAAAUCACUGCUUUUCAAUGGCUUUGCCCUAUUAUGGGGCUUGCUCUGUGGGAUAUUCUUUGCGAAUGUACCAGUGAUGGCUUGUCCCACAACUUGUCACUGCAUAGAAAAAAAUGGCUUGACGGUGGUCCAGUGUAUGUCUCGCAACUUGGAGAAGAUUCCAUCCGAUCUUCCAAGAGAUACCGUUAUCCUGCUUUUGGCAUCCAACCACAUCACCCACAUCCCUAACCAUGCCUUCAAAGAGCUGCACUACCUUCAGGAGCUGGACCUGUCCAACAAUGACAUUGAGACUGUGGACGUUGGGGCAUUUCAAGGAGUUUCUGACAGCCUCCUUGUGCUGGAUUUGUCAAACAAUCGCAUCCAAAGUGUCCCCAAAGAGGCAUUUGCCCGUCUACGGGCAAAAAUCAGCCUCUCAAACAACCCGUGGCACUGUGAGUGCAUGCUGCAGGAGGUCCUGAGGGAGCUGCGACUCGACCCCGAGACAGUAAACGAGGUGAUCUGCCACACAGCGGUGCAGGAGGAAUACGCAGGCAAACCGGUAAUCCAGGUGCUGGACUCAGGGAUCAACUUCUGCAACUUUCACCACAAGACCACUGAUGUAGCCAUGUUUGUCACUAUGUUCGGGUGGUUCACGAUGGUGAUUGCGUAUGUCAUCUACUACGUGAGACACAAUCAGGAGGAUGCCAGGAGGCACCUGGAGUACCUCAAGUCACUGCCCAGCAGCUCUCAGAUCAGCAAGGACUUUGACACCAUCAGCACGGUUCUCUAACCGGCUGGUACGACUCAGGAGGUGUGGUGUGUGUGUGUGUGUGUGUGUGUGCGUGCGUGCGUGCGUGCGUGCGUGCGUGCGUGCGUGUUUGUGUGUGCGUGUGUAGUUAUGUAAAAAAAAAAAAAGACUUAAAAGCUGUUUAAAAACAUAUUCACUUCGAUUUUCAAACACAUCUGAUCUUUACUUAGUUCCAUAAAUUCUGUCUUUUGUAUGAUUCUGUAGGAUUUAUUUUGGUUUUAUUAAGCAUAAGCCACACCCAGACGGGGCAACAACAGUGAUAGCACAAAAUAAGCAAAGCAUAGCCAAAAACUCACAUUUCCAAGCGAGAUGAUGGAUUUAGACUGGAGAGAUAAAUGUUCCCACUCUGGUGUCGAUCCACAAUGAGAUUGAAUUUGGACUGAGAUGAAUGAGGGCGACGACGGUGUCCCCCAGUUACUUUGUACUGACGGAUUUAUGUACUUUAUGUCACUCUGUCAAGGUGGAGGCUUUCUUAUUAAACUUCUAACAUAUGAACUAGGUCAAGAUGUUAACGUUCAGUUGGUAUAACAAUUCAGUACAAGCGCUGCCACCACAUUAACCUUACAAAUUAUACUGUUGAUCCAGGAAACAAUGUUAAACAAUGUUACUCCAAGACAAAUGAACAUCCAGAAAAGGAAGAGUCGCCAUACACUCACAGUUCUGAUGUGUGUGUGUGUGUGUGUGUGUGUGUGUGUGUGUGUGUUUUAACAUUUCAAAAAUAUAGCCAACAUUUCAACAUCCAAUGAUAUAAAAAGACUAGGUGAAGUGUCUUUCAAAUAGGCUGCCAGACUGGGAUCUGACUGUCAUAUGUGAAGGUAUAGUUGUUUUUAUGGGCUUCAAAAAAUACAAACUCUGCCAGAUAGCAGCUCAUCAUAACUCUGUAUACAUGAAUAUACUGAAUUUCUGCAGAUCUAAUAGAUUUUUUUGGACUGUACACCUAACUUAUUAGCAAACAACUGCCUAUUUACACCAGAGAAAACAUGCAGGAUAAUGGUCAUCUCAUUGAAUUGUUUUCCACUGCAGGAACUUUCCGGCUGUUUUAGCGUGGUCCAAAACUUUGUGGUUGUUGUGACAGCAAGAACUGCCUUAAGUAGUGCCUCUUACAGGUCCGUUUUUUGGGGGGGUCAAACCAGAAUCUACUCCAGGGUCGGUACUUCGGGGUAGCAUGAAAAACUCCUUGGUAGGGUUUAAUGCUGAUUGGUUAAAUUUGGAGAGGACAAGUGGCUUUCUUCUGCUCUGUUCAAGUCCUCAUAGAGUAGCAUUCCUCCACUCUCUUGUCAUCACCAUCUUUAAUGUAAAUUUCACCAUAUAAGCUAACAUAACAAAAUGUCCAUUGUUCAAAUUACUAAGUCAUCAUCGAACUGGAGUUUCAUCGGGUAACUACUAUUUGUCGUUGUUUUAGUGCAUUUGGAGUUAACAUUGCAGGUAAAGCUGCAAUAAUAAUGGAAAAUCUGAAAAGACAGAUCAUAGUGAAGCUGCUGUAAACACCUGCCCCAUGUUCCUGCAGUGGAAAGUUGCUUAUUGAAACGCCGUUGAAGCUCAUGUUUGUAACUUAAGUCUUCUCUAACUCCUGCAAAAAAAAUAUUCUGCUAUAUGUUUUGUUUUUCUCAUUUGUGUGUCUGCUUUGUGGUUAAGGUUAAGGUAGUGCAUAAUGGGUUUGUCAUUUGCUUAUUUCUGCUGGAAAGGGGUUAAUGAGUACAGUGAGAAAGAACCAUAAAGUUCAGCUGGAAUUAUGCUUCUGUCUUUACAAAUCUAUUCAGAGAGGAGUGUAAUGGGUAACAACUGAUGGCAGAGGCUCUCAGAGGGCCUGAUGUACACACCUAUCCAAUCUCAGCAGCGGUGUCUUGUGGAUCUGCGUGUCAAGCAAGUUGAUUUGGCAAAUCAGUCCCUGUCAGGGGGCAGGUUUGAAAUGGAGAUGAACACAAAUAACAUUACCCUGUGCUUGUUUGCCUACAUGCAGCCAUAAUUCCUGCUUCGACGUGCGGGUAAUAAAAACUAAAUUACUGAGCUCACAACAGGCUGAAAAGCGUGUAGUCGAGUGAUUAACUCUCCAUGGGUUUUUUCUCUGACCCCUUCUGCAUUAUCCAACCUCCUGAUUCAAGGUUACACCAUUAUGUGAUGACCUGCCACAGUAACACUGCCCUGGAUAGAAGGCCUGAAUUAACAACUGCAGGCUGAAUCAUUUAAUACAUAUAGCAACAUAUAUGGCAACAAUAUUGCUAAAAAACAUGUUUUUUGUUCAUUUUUACUUGAAAGUGUUGCACCAGUGUGUUAUCCACUAUACCACAGACAGAGUUUUUGUUCAACUAAAUAUUUCCUUAGUUGAUCUAACUACAGCACAGUUAAAACAAAAAGCCAUCACAAAGGAGUUUAAUAUAUAAAAUAUAAAUUAAUGCAUAUUAUGAUUUCAUUUUUUGGGGUAUAAAUUUAUGAUAUUUGAAGAUAUGAAUGUAUUUAUGUUAAAUGUUGCCAUCCAGAAAUAAACACCACAUAGUUUCUCUUGUCUUUUGGCCACAGCAGCAAACCACAAACAGCUAAAUUAGCAUGCCAUAGGCAUUACUUCUAUUGAUUUGAGUGUAGCGUAACAGUGUUUGGACACAAAUUAAAUGUGAUUUCUUUUAUUCAUGGGUAACUUUGUUGGUCAGGAGUUGAUUGUGUCCAAGUGCCUACUCUGGGAUUUCUACACCAUCGCACUGUUGGACAACUGAGUGACAGGUCUAGUCCCUGUGGAUCCUCCCUACCGCAGAAACACGUUUCUGAAAUGUUACAAGCUUCUCCAUGAUUGACAACCUACUGUACCUGUCCUCAUGUAGUGAUUCCAACUUAUGUAGUAGCUCAAGCAGGUUAAAAUAAACACAAAUAAUUAUUUGCAACAAAUACUUGACUUGUUUUUAAUUUUGCAUAUUUGCAUUUGACAGAAUAUUCUUUUUUUUAUACUACUGUAAAUAUCUUUGUUACAGAAGUGUCUGUCUGUGCAGUUUUGACCUGUCAUAUAAUUGUUGUAUCACCAGUAUGUAUACAAGUUUUACAUUUUUCUGUGAAGGAACAUGCCUUCUGUGUUGUUAUUUUGUAAAAUAUGUCUUGGGCUAAAAGCCUAUCAGAGUGUUUCGAUGUCUUUGGGAACAUUUGUAUCUGGUCGAUUUCUUUUCUGGAUCUAUGGAAGGUUUAGUCCACGAGUUGUGUAUUUCUGUCAUGGAAAUGAAAGGGCUCCAAUAAGUUUGUCUGGGAGAAUCAUAUCAAUUUUCUAUCUGUUUCAGCAAUUACUGUGUGUUUGUUUUGUUUGGGUUUUAAUGGGCACCUUACCAGCAUUUCAAAAUAAAAAUUCUUUUCCAACACA